GUUAAUUUCAACCACACUCACUGCCACACACUCCAUAGCAGUGUUAACAAUGGCGGCUUCUACUAGAGCCUUAAAAUCUUCUCCGUCUCCACACAAUUGUAUCUCCGAGAGAAAUAAUAAUGAUUCUACUCGUGCAAUGUCCUUUCGAAACCUCUCCUUUUCGUCAUCUUAUCUUUCCGGCGACAAGCUGAAAGCGUUCUUCAAUUCACAACAACGCCGGUUCAGUGAGAGAAGAAAUCCACUGAUCGUAUCGCCUAAUGCUGUUUCUGAUUCGCAAAAUUCGCAGACAUGUCUCGACCCUGACGCUAGCAGAAGUGUUUUGGGAAUUAUUCUUGGAGGUGGAGCUGGGACCCGACUUUAUCCUUUAACUAAAAAGAGAGCAAAGCCAGCAGUUCCUCUUGGAGCAAAUUAUCGUCUGAUUGACAUUCCUGUAAGCAAUUGCAUUAACAGUAACAUAUCCAAGAUCUAUGUUCUGACACAAUUCAACUCUGCGUCUCUGAAUCGCCAUCUUUCACGGGCAUAUGCUAGCAACAUGGGCGGCUACAAAAAUGAGGGUUUUGUGGAAGUACUUGCUGCUCAACAAAGUCCGGAGAACCCCAAUUGGUUUCAGGGCACUGCUGAUGCUGUCAGGCAGUAUCUAUGGUUGUUUGAGGAGCAUAACGUUCUUGAAUACCUCGUACUUGCUGGAGAUCAUCUAUACCGAAUGGAUUAUGAGAAGUUCAUUCAAGCCCACAGAGAAACAGAUGCUGAUAUUACUGUUGCCGCACUACCAAUGGACGAAAAGCGUGCCACUGCAUUCGGUCUCAUGAAGAUUGACGAAGAAGGACGCAUUAUUGAAUUUGCAGAGAAACCGAAAGGAGAGCAAUUGAAAGCAAUGAAAGUGGAUACUACCAUUUUAGGUCUUGAUGAUGAGAGAGCUAAAGAGAUGCCGUUUAUCGCGAGUAUGGGUAUAUAUGUCAUUAGCAAGGAUGUGAUGUUAAACCUACUCCGUGACAAGUUCCCUGGAGCCAAUGAUUUUGGUAGUGAAGUUAUUCCUGGUGCAACCUCACUUGGGAUGAGAGUGCAAGCUUACUUAUAUGAUGGGUACUGGGAAGAUAUUGGUACGAUUGAAGCUUUUUACAAUGCCAAUUUGGGCAUUACAAAAAAGCCGGUGCCAGAUUUUAGCUUUUAUGACCGAUCAGCUCCAAUCUACACCCAACCUCGAUAUCUGCCACCUUCAAAAAUGCUUGAUGCUGAUGUGACAGAUAGUGUCAUUGGUGAAGGUUGUGUGAUCAAGAACUGUAAGAUUCACCAUUCUGUGGUUGGGCUCAGAUCAUGCAUAUCGGAGGGAGCAAUUAUAGAAGACACACUUUUGAUGGGGGCAGAUUAUUAUGAGACUGAUGCUGAUAGGAAGUUUCUGGCUGCAAAGGGUAGUGUCCCAAUUGGCAUCGGCAAGAAUUCUCACAUCAAAAGAGCCAUUAUUGACAAGAAUGCCCGUAUAGGGGAAAAUGUGAAGAUCAUUAACUGCGACAAUGUGCAAGAAGCCGCUAGGGAAACAGAUGGGUACUUCAUUAAGAGUGGGAUUGUCACUGUCAUCAAGGAUGCUUUGAUUCCCAGUGGUAUUGUCAUCUAAAGGUUCGGUUCGGAACGUGGUUGGUCGUAGUAAAACUGCGCUAAACAGCCAUGAGGUAGAAACGUGCUACUUUUAUUUUUUGCUGUGCUGUAGAAAUCUAGUGUACAUCUUACUUUAAUGUAGCUAGAUACUUCUCAUUAACCCUACAAGAGAAGACUGGAUUCUGUAAAAAUUAUUUCCUCUAAAAUAAAAAUCGACUAUCGUACAAA